AUCUCCCUUAUCUUUUCGAGUAGUACCCUUAAAAUCCAGGCCAUCGAAAAGUUCUCCAUCUCUUAACUCAGACUAGAAAAAGCAGCUCAUCUCAAGUGAGAGAAACUGCUUCUGCUUCUUUCGUUGUUUUAGGAGAAAGAGAGAAUAUGGGGAGAGGGAAAGUGGAAUUGAAGAGAAUAGAGAACAAAAUUAACAGGCAGGUAACUUUUGCUAAGAGGAGAAAUGGAUUGCUCAAGAAAGCUUAUGAACUCUCAGUUCUCUGUGAUGCUGAGGUUGCUCUCAUUAUCUUCUCCAAUCGUGGCAAGCUUUAUGAGUUCUGUAGCAGCUCUAGCAUGAUGAGAACACUUGAAAGGUACCAGAAGUGCAGUUAUGGUGCAUCGGAAGCCUGCCAACCAGGCUUCGAGACACAGAGCAACUACCAGGAGUAUCUGAAGCUAAAAGCUAGAGUUGAGAUCUUACAGCGAUCUCAGAGGAACCUUCUUGGGGAAGAUUUGGGUCCGCUAAACACUAAGGAGCUUGAGCAGCUUGAGCAUCAGCUGGAAUCAUCCCUCAACCAAAUCAGGUCAACAAAGACUCAGUUCAUGCUUGAUCAACUUGCUGAUCUUCAAAACAGGGAACAUGUGCUACUCGAAACCAACAAAGCCUUGAAAAGGAGGUUGGAAGAAGGCAGUGGGCAAGUUCCUCUUCGACUAGCAUGGGAAGGUGGAGGACAAACAAUUCCAUAUAGCCGCUUAGCAGUUCAUUCAGAAGGGCUCUUCCAGCCCCUGGGAGGCAAUUCCACGCUGCAAAUUGGAUACAAUCCAGUUGGUGCAGAUGAGGUUAACCUUGCCCACACACAACAUGUCAAUGGAUUCACUCCUGGAUGGAUGCUUUGACUUGGGUUAUUAAUUCCAAUAUUACUCUUUGGCAUUUUUUUCCCUGCUAAUAAUAUCAUAUUUUACAUAUAUAUAUAUGUGGUUGUGAUCUAUGCUUAUUAAUUAUGCAAACUGUAAUAUAGUUAUGAUGAUUGAAGACAAUAUCUCAAGUAAAUGG